AACAGUUACCCGUACAGAAGGCCGCUCAGUACAUGCCAUCGUUCUACAACAAGUCGGUUGAAGAGUCCUUGAGGCUGUUGGACUCUAAGAAGUCCGGCCUCUCUUCGACAGAGGCUCAAAAGAGGCUGGAAGAGUAUGGACCUAAUGGGCUUCCUAAGGAACCAUCAACGCCACUGUGGAAGCUCAUAUUGGGCCAGUUUGAAGAUCAGUUGACUUUGAUCCUACUGGGAUCAGCCGCCGUGUCCUUUGCGUUGGCUUUGACAGAGGGCGAGUUCUCAUGGUUGAGCAUGGUGGACCCUUUGGUGAUUCUCACCAUCCUGAUCUUAAAUGCCAUAGUUGGUGUCCAACAGGAAAGUUCUGCCGAAUCAGCUAUCAGUGCACUGAACGAGUACGCAUCGUCGUAUGCUCGUGUUAGACGUGAUGGCAAACUGACCCGUGUCAAACAAGAGGAGCUGGUUCCUGGUGAUGUUAUUGAUAUCGGCGUUGGCGAUGUUGUUCCAGCAGAUGCCAGAAUCGUGAAGAUCUUGUCACAGACUUUGAGAGUGGAUCAAUCGAUCCUCACCGGUGAGUCUGAAUCAGUGCUCAAGUCAGUGGAGACUGUGGACUUGCCAAAUGCUGUGAAACAAGAACAGUCCAACAUUGUAUUUUCAGGUACAACCGUUGUUGGUGGUACUGCUCGAGUUGUGGUUACACACACUGGUGAAAGAACCGCAAUUGGCAAUAUAUACACAGACCUGACAUCGCAGAUCUCGCAAUCAACGCCUUUGAAGGAGAAAUUGGAUGACUUUGGUGAUAUGUUGGCAAAAUUCAUCACUGUGAUCUGUAUUGCCGUCUGGGUAAUCAACUUUAACAAUUUCAAUGAUCCAGUUCAUGGUGGAUACCUCAAAGGUGCCAUAUAUUACUUCAAAAUUGCAGUGGCUCUGGCUGUUGCAGCAAUCCCUGAAGGGCUGAGUGUUGUUAUUACAACUUGUUUGGCUCUUGGUACAAAGAAGAUGGCGAAACAAGACGCCAUCGUUAGAACGUUAUCAUCUGUCGAGACAUUGGGAUCUACAAAUGUCAUUUGCUCUGAUAAGACUGGUACUUUGACAACAAAUCAAAUGGUGGUCCGUAACGUUGUCUUCUUCAACAAUGUGAACGAGUUGACCACCUUGUCUGUAUCUGGUCAUUCUUUCAAUCCAAGAGGUAUAGUUCUCGAUGAACAUGGUUAUGAAGUUGCUUUGCCUGAUCCAGACUUUGCAGUGUUGCAUAAAGUUGCCCAAGUAUGUGCCCUCUGUAAUGAUUCAUUCUUCAUCCAAGUGGGACAGGAUAACUGGAAGGCCGGUGGUGAGCCAACAGAAGCUGCUCUAAAAGUGUUCGUCGAGAAGCUUUCUCCAGACGCACAGUUGGAAUCCAUUGUUUCGAAUACUCCAAUAUGCGACCUCUAUGAUGAACAAUACCCACGUGCCUGCACAUUUGAAUUCACAAGAGACCGUAAGUCUAUGUCCGUAUUGGUGGAUUCAUCAAACGGACCAGAGUUGCUAGUCAAAGGUGCACCUGAAUCUAUUCUUGCCCGUUCAACAAAGGUUCUCACUCAGACAGAAAAUGGUACCUUGACCAUUGAACCAUUGAGUAGAGCAAACGAAUUGGAGCUUGUUUCAAAGAUCGAGGAAUUGGCUGGUGAAGGAUACAGAAUAAUUGCUCUUGCCUAUAAAGAUGAUCUGGAUCUUCAAAUGGCUGAGGUUGCAACCACGUCGAAGCAUUAUGAGCUUUUGGAAUCAGAUUUGGUCUUUGUUGGAUUUGCAGCCUUGAUUGAUCCACCUCGUCCAGAGGUGACUAAGUCUAUCCAAGACUGUAAGAGCGCUGGUAUCAGAGUUAUCAUGGUCACGGGUGAUUCUCCAAUAACAGCUGAGAAUAUCGCUAAGCAGAUUGGAAUUCUUGACGAAGAUCACGACAGCAAUGGUCUUGUAUUAACUGGUAGACAGUUCAAUGAACUUAGUGAAGAAGAAAAAAUCCAAGCAGUUGAGAAAGUGAAGGUGUUUGCACGUGUUGAACCAUCACACAAAUCAUCGCUUGUUGAUCUGUUACAACGAAAUGGUAAUGUUGUUGCUAUGACUGGUGAUGGUGUAAAUGAUGCCCCUGCACUCAAGAAAGCCGAUAUUGGUAUCGCUAUGGGAUCUGGUACAGACGUUGCGAGACUGGCCUCAAACUUAGUCUUACAAGAUGACAACUUCUCUACGAUUGUCACUGCGGUUAGAGAAGGUCGUUUAAUUUACAACAACACAAGGCAAUUUAUCCGUUACUUGAUCUCUUCUAAUAUUGGUGAAGUUGUCUCUAUUUUCUUGACUGCUGCACUUGGAUUACCAGAGGCAUUGGUUCCUGUUCAACUGCUCUGGGUCAACUUGGUUACAGAUGGUUUACCAGCAUCUGCACUGGGAUUCAACCCUCCUGACCGUAAUAUCAUGUCCAAACCUCCAAAGUCUAGACAUGAUCCCCUAGUUAGUGGCUGGCUUUUGUUCAGAUAUAUUGUUGUGGGAUCCUACGUCGGUAUUGCAACAGUUGCCGGUUAUGUUUGGUAUUUCAUAAUGUACCAAGAUGGUCCUCUGAUUUCCUACAAGCAACUUUCUCAUUUCCAUCACUGUUCUUCAGAGUUCCCUGAGAUUGGAUGUCAAAUGUUUCAGAACUCCCACUCAAUCAAGGCUUCAACAAUUUCUUUAUCAAUCUUAGUUGUCGUCGAGAUGCUGAACGCCAUGAAUAACCUGUCAGAGACUGAUAGCUUACUGACCUUCCCUCUUUGGAACAAUGUCCACUUAAUACUUGCAAUCCUACUUUCUAUGGCUUUGCACUUCAUCAUCCUAUACGUCCCUUGGUUCUCAAACCUCUUCAAUGUUCUUCCGCUUAAUAAAGAUGAGUGGGUUGCAAUCAUCGUUCUCUCUGUUCCUGUGAUUGUUAUUGAUGAACUGUUCAAACUUUUCGACAUGUGGUUCUCAACUGCUCCGUCUCAAGCAGUUGAUGGAAAUGAAAAGAUUAAAAACGACUGAUACACUUAUACAACUUUUUAUAUUCUCAUUAAAAGUACAUUAGAUCAUCAAUAAUUACAGACUUAAUUGUGAAAUUCUUUUCC